AUGGCUAUUCUUGACAGCUUUUUUCGGUGUUUUGGCGGGUCAAAGCCAAUAGAAAAGGCUACUACUCUUCAGCCUCUGGAUUUACAUGAUGACUUUAAUGCAGGCCUGGUUUUGAGAUCAACAUCAGAUGAACGACCGAUUCACCACACCGUAAAAAUACGAUCCUUUUCUUUGCUAAGAAAUUUAAUGGAUAGAUGCGAAGUAGGGGACUUUAAAGCUGGAGGAUACAGAUGGAAACUAGUGCUCUGCCCGAAUGGAAACAAGAAGAGGAAUGUGGAAGGCCACAUCUCUCUCUACUUGGAAAUGGCUGAAGAAAAACCAAUUGAGCCUGACCAGAUCGUAGCAAUUGAUUUUAGAUUGUUUUUGCUUAAUCAGAAGAAGAGCAACUACUUGGUUCUAGAGGAUGCCAAUAAAAAGGAGAAGAAGUAUGUCUUUUAUAGGACGAUUGUCGGUGGUUCGGCUGGUUUCGAUCAGUUUCUUCCUCUUGAAGAAUUUACUGACGCCUCCAACGGUUAUCUAAUUGAUGACACUUGUGAAUUUGGCGCGGAGGUCUUUGUUUCUAAACAAGUAAGAACAGGAAAAGGAGAGUGUCUAGUGUCUAUGAUCAAAGAUGUCACCAAGUACAAGCGUGCUUGGAGCAUUUCCAACUUUUCACAGUUGGCUGAUGAACGCUAUACCUCAAAUCCGUUCUUUUUGACAGACCACAAAUAUUGCGAAUGGAAUCUACGACUCUAUCCCAAUGGAAAUAAGUUGGGAAAUGGUAGUGGUCAUAUUUCUGUUUAUGUGGAAUUGGCCAAUUUAAAAUCUCUUCCUCCAGGCUCUAAAAUAUUGGCAGAGUUUACCAUACAAAUCCUAGAUCAAAUCAAUGGGAAGCAUCAUUCUACCAAAGCGUGUAAACGCUGGUUCGGUGCCAGUCCCUCGACCUCGGUUUGGGGUUGGGCUCAAUUCAUCAGACAGGACUUGUUCAGUAACUCGGAGAAAGGAUUGUUAGUGAGUGAUUGUUGCAUCGUGGAAACAGACAUUACAAUCUGUGCGGUAGAACUCACAAUUGGUUAG